AUGAGCAGAAUCUCGCGAAUCCUGAUCCUGCUCACUGGCCUUUGCCUGGUGCUUGGGCUCGUCACGCCGGCGUUCGCCCAACACCUGGCCGUGCGGCGACCCGACCAGUACCCCUCGCCCACGGUGAAGGUUCCCGCCGCCGGGCACAUGUUCGAUGCCGAUUAUUCCUGGGCCGACAACACACUUAGCGGCGACUGGUUUGGCCUGCGGGGAGAACUUGCUCAGCGAGGCGUCGUGUUCGGCAUUCGCUAUGUGCCCCUGUUGUUACACAACACCACCGGAGGAUUUGAUACCGGCUUCUUUGGCGGCGGUCCCUUGGGUACCACUGUCACAGUUGAUACCGAUCUCUUGAUGGGUCACGAAGGCGGUACGCUGUUCUUCGAUUACGAAUUCUUCUCCUGGUACAACGGGCGGUUUCCAACCAAUAGCCAGUUCGACCCCACGGGCUCCUACGUCGGUGUUGAUACCAACCUCAUCGAGAGCGACGACAAGCGACUCAACCAGGUAGCGCAGCUCUACUACGAACAGUCGAUGUUCGACGACAAGUUCACCUGGAGCUUUGGCAAGAUGGACGCCAACGCCCCGUUCGCCGCGGUGCAAGCGGCCGGUGCGUUCCAGAACAGCAUCGCGAUGUACACCUCGACGCUGAACCCUUUCAUUCCAACCUAUCCCAACGAGUCGACCGCCCUGGUCGUGUCGGCCAACGCCACCGACAACCUCUCCGGCUCUUUCGGUUGGUUCGACGGAACCACCGCCGCCUACGAUCCGACCACGGGAAUCAGUGGCCCAUCCACGGGGCCACGAGGGCCAUCGACGUUCUUCAAUAACGAUGGCCACUGGUUUCUCAUCACGCAGGUCGAUCUCAACUGGCAACUCGACGAUCGACUGCCCGGCUCCGUCGGGGCAGGGGCCUGGAUGCAAACGGGGCUCACCGCCACCUCGGGCACCAACACCGACGGCGUGAGCGACGUGCCCGGCUGUUAUCUGCAGUGGCAGCAAAUCGUCUGGUCGCCCAGCGAUGAGAUUGCCGCCGACGGCGGGGGCGUUGCGUACUUCGGGCAGUUCGGUUGGAGCGACCCGAACAAGAACCCCGUGCAUUGGUCACUGAUGACAGGGCUUUCGGCCACGGGCAUCUUCCCCAGCCGCCCGGCCGACGCCCUGGGCUGCAUGUUCGCCUACACGCACUACACUUCGAACCCGGCCAUUUACCAGUCGACUCAGCGGAACGGGCUCUCCGGUCCCUCGGGCGGUCACGAACUCUCGCUCGAAUCGUUCUACAUUUGGUAUUGGAAGUCGUGGUCGUACCUGCAGCCGGGCGUGAUGUGGAUCAACUCACCCGGCGGAGGCGACCCGGCCCCACUGGACGACGAUGUGCUGGCCUACCUGUUGGCCGGUGCCGGCCUCCCGCUGGCCUUGGCCGCUUCCAACGUACUAGGCGACGCCCCGGCAAGCCGAACACCCGCUGCGCAAGCGAUUCCUCCGACUCAAGCCAAGCCGGAUUACGUCUGCAACAUCGAAGCCAAAACCAUCGCCCCUUUGGGCAAACCGACCGAAGCCACACUCAUCAACGGGACACUGCCGGGCACCGAAAUUCGCUAUCGCGAAGGCGACAUGUUUCGCGUGCUGGUCAACAACCACCUCGACGUGCCCACCACGCUGCAUUGGCACGGGAUGAUUGUCCCUAACUACAUGGACGGGGUCCCAGGCGUAACGCAGAUGCCCAUCGCCCCCGGCGACUCGGUUCUCUACGAGUACGUGCUUCGUCAGUCCGGCACCUACUGGUAUCACUCGCACUAUGGAUUUCAGGAACAAACCGGGCUCAGCGGUCCGCUAAUCAUCGAAGCCAAAGACGAGCCCCACGCCUGCGAUCACGAUGUCGUGGUCAUGCUCUCCGACUGGCUCGAUCAAUCGCCCGAGGGAAUCAUUCCGCAGAUCCGCGGGCAGCAGCCGGCCACCUCCGCAGUGAAGGUGCCCGACACGCCGGGCUACCCGUUCCCGCAAGACAAGAAGUUCAACGUCGAUAUCAACUAUCCCGGCUACCUGAUCAACGGCCAGUCGAACCAGAGCCCCUGGUCGCUCAAGGUCCGCAAAGGCGACCGCAUCCGGUUGCGAUGCAUCAACAGCUCGACCGCCACCUUCUUCCAGGUGGCCCUCGAAGGUCAUCAGAUGGAAAUGAUCGCCGCCGACGGGCAAGACAUCGUCCCGUUGACCGUCGACAACUUCGUCAUCGCAGCCGCCGAACGUUACGACCUGUUGGUCACGAUUAAAGAAUCCGGCAGUUUCACGCUGCACGCCGCCGCGCUGGGAACCGACCAGCAAGCUGUGGGCGUUGUGCACACGGCAGAUGCAGCUCCGAAAGUGAAUUUGCAGAAGCCCCAGUUCAGUGGAGUCUCAGGCGGGAUGGCCGACUAUGCGUCGCUGAAGUCGCCAGUGAACACGACCUUGCCCGAGGGGGAGGUGAAGUCGUUCGUUAUCGACCUCGGUGGGCAGAUGAUGAAAUACCUGUGGUCGAUGAACGGCGAAUACUUCCCCGAGGUCUUCUCGCCCGACGGGAAGGCCACCCCGCUAACCAUCAAGUCAGGCGAUCGCGUUCGCAUGCGAUUGACGAACUCAACGAUGAUGUAUCAUCCGAUGCACUUGCACGGCCAUUUCUUCCGGCUACUCACGGGCGAUGGCCCUCAACCGAUGGCCCCGCUGAAAGACACAGUGGCCGUCGGGCCCAAGCAGCAAAUCAACUUCGAAUUCACUGCCGACAACCCCGGCAACUGGUUCUUCCACUGCCACAACCUCUACCACCUCGCCUCCGGCAUGGCGAGAGUAAUCCGCUACGAAGUGUAG